UAUGAAUAAGACAGAUAAGAACAUGGAAAUGUAUUUUAAGGGUCUGAAAGGACGACGGUGGAAAUUUAUUGUCCUCAUCUUUUAUCUCCAGCUGUGGUCCAGCCCCAUGGUCGAAGCAAUUCAUCCGGACUGCGCCAUCAUCUCCCAACACCUGAGGGCUCGUGAGAUUUGUAGCCAGACGAGGAGGAGCGAGGCGCAAAACCAGACCGACCACAGCGGAUGUAAAACAGACUGGGAUGAGAUCGGAUGCUGGCUGAGAGCUGAGGUUGGUCAGGUGGUCAAUGUGUCCUGCUCUGAAGUCUUCCAGCAUUUCUCCAGCAAUCAAGGGUAUGUUUACAGGAACUGUACUGCUGACGGUUGGUCAGAAAUGUAUCCACCCUAUGAGGAGGCCUGUGUUUUCAGUGACGACAGCGAGCCUGAGACUGAGACGAGUUACCUUUAUACCUUCAGACAAGUUUACACCGUAGGCUAUGCCACAUCACUCAUCUCCCUCAUUACAGCCAUCGUGGUGUUCGCAGCCUUCAGGAAGUUCCGCUGCACCAGAAACUACAUCCACAUCAACCUGUUCGCCUCUUUCAUCCUGAGAGCCAGUGCAGUCUUCAUUAAAGACACCGUGCUGUUUGCUGAUGAGACCUUGGACCACUGCUCCAUGUCCACGACAGCAUGCAAGUCAGCCGUGGCUUUUUUCCAGUUCAGCAUCCUGGCCAAUUACUUCUGGUUGCUGGUGGAGGGCAUGUACCUGCAGACACUACUGGCCCUAACCUUUGUCUCACAGAGGAAAUACUUCUGGUGGUACAUCUUGAUUGGAUGGGGGCUCCCAUCUACAGUUCUCAUACUGUGGGUUUUGACCAGAUUCUUCUAUGAUGACAGAGGUUGCUGGGAUGACACAGACAGUGUUGGCAUCUGGUGGAUAAUUAAAGGACCAAUAACAGCCUCACUGCUGAUCAACAUAGUCAUCUUUGUUAACGUCAUCCGGAUUCUCGUUCAAAAGCUUAAAUCUUCUGCCAUGGUGGGGAACAACGACACUGGACAUUUUAUGAGACUGGCAAAAUCCACCCUGUUCCUAAUUCCUCUGUUUGGGAUGCACUACACUGUAUUUGCUUUCCUGCCCGAGAACACUGGAGUAGCUGCCAGACUCUACAUCGAGCUGGGACUGGGCUCCUUUCAGGGGUUUGUGGUGGCGCUUCUUUACUGUUUCAUGAAUGGAGAGGUCCAAACAGAGCUGCGGAGGUGGCUGUGGAAGUGCCACAAUCAAAGUCAUCUCACGCCAGCAAAGAGAAGCAUCACUCAGAUCACAAUUCGAACCCAUGGGGGGCUCGGGCUACCUGCUUCUAGCGGUAACAUCUCUUCUGUAUGAUUUCUGAGAUCAUUAAUGAAGAAAAGGGUUUACAAAGGAAAAGGAAGGGGAAAAAAAACAUUCCCUGGAGCUAAACAUGCUG